GGACCGGCAAGAAAUGAAGAGAAUUCAGCAAUAUGCAGUGGUUGUAACUCUGGAUUCAGAAACGGCUUAUCCUGAUCUGUUCGUCUCUGAUGAUGGGAAACAAGUAACAUACGGAGACACAGAACAGAAUCUCCCUGAUAAUCCAGAGAGGUUUGAUCAGUGUUCCUAUGUUCUGGGAAAGGAGGGGUUCUCCUCAGGGAGAUUGUACUAUGAGGUGCAGGUCAGAGGGAAGACCAAGUGGGAUUUAGGAGUGAUCAGAGAGUCCAGCAACAGGAAGGGAGAUAUUAAACCGAGCCCGGACAAAGGACACUGGUCUGUGUCGCUGAGUAAUGAGACUGAAUAUAAAGCUCUGGACUCUCCCCGUGUUUCACUGUCCCUGAAACAGGCUCCCCAGAAGGUGGGGGUAUUUGUGGAUUAUGAGGAGGGUGUGGUCUCCUUCUAUGAUGCUGAGGCCAGAUCUCAUAUCUACUCUUUCACUGGGCAGUCUUUCAUUGAGAGGAUCUAUCCAUUAUUUAGCCCCUGUUUCAAUGAUGGAGGUAAAAACUCAGCACCACUGAUCAUCACACCUGUUCAUCUUUAGAAAUGAGGAUCUUUUGUCACUCAGAAAUAUUUUAGCAGAUUAGAUUAAAAUACUCAUCACAGCUUUACAGACUGAAACUGAAAGUCCUGUUUUAUUUAUUCGGUACUGAGCAAAAGUUUCUGGGACCUGAAAUUGAACUAGAGUUAAAGCUGUUUAUCUGGUCGGUAUGUGUUUAUUAGUUUAGAUGAACAUGAAAAAAACACACAAUACGAAACGAUAAGCAAACACUUUAUGGUUGUCUGUGUUUUCGUUUAACCAAAGCCCAGCAUUGUUUUGGUGUUGAUCCAAUACCUGCUUUAUCUAAUCAGUACUUCAUUAUGUUAAAUCAGCUGCUUCUGAUGUAAUGUAAUAAUCCAUGUGGUCUCUGGAGGCGUCCAGGAGAAACCUGGGACCAAACUUUGAUCUUCAAACUAUCUCACAGGACAUCAACCACUUUCUACAAAACUAGACGUUUAUUUUAGUUCUUAAUGUUUUUCAUGUUCAUUUGCAUUUCGCUGUUGUAGGAGUUUCAAAGUUACUCUGUCUGUGUAAACACUGGAGAAAACAGCAGCUAGCUAGUUAGAAGUUAGCUUUAUUGUUAGCAUAUUUCUCACAUCACUACUACUGAAAUCACUAAACACUGUUUACUGUUUUGAUAAAUGAAUGUUGAGCCUUUCUGCUUAUUAUUACGCUGAAUACUGUUAUUAAAACGUGUUCAUUGUAAAUCCAAACUCAUUCAGAUUACAGGCUAGCACUAGCUUGCUAGCUAGCAUGUGGUGCUGAAGUGAUGAGGUCAGCUAAUGCUGGACACUGCAAACUCCUUAAAAACUGCCCCAGUACACAGUAAAACUGAAUAUCCCAUCAUGCAGAGCAGUUUGAGGAGAUGAAGUCUCUCCUGACACGGUUAAAUAACGCUCUACAGAGUGCGAGAUGGUCUAGACUUCAUCACAGUUUCUGAUAAAGCUGAGUCAGGGUGUCUCACAGAAUGUGUUCAGACGUUCUCAGUGACGUCGCUCGAGACGCGCUCCAUAAACCACUGACAGGAUUUCUCCACAGAAGCUCCGAAGCCUUGGCAUUGUUUACCCAUCACUCCUUUGAAGACGAGGUAAGUCAGUAGCUAUUGUGAUGUCUGGAGCCAGCUUGGCUAGCAGCUCGUCAGUAUGUCACAGAAACUGGUUAAAUAUAACUUAUGCUAAUGCAGCUAACUAGCUAGCUAGCUGCCUAAAUGAACAACCAUGACGAAUCGGUAUUUUACACGCAGCGCCACCUAGUGGAGAGGAGAAUAUUGUUUCUCCUCUGCUACGUGCAGCAAGGAGCAUAAAACGUGUUUGUGGCGAAGAUGACAAAACUGACAGGACAUAAAGGGUCUAAUGUCUGUAAAACAGCUGAGGUUCAGGAGCUCACUGAACAUCUUCCAUUCAGUCAGAUACACUUUCACACUGUUGAAGGAGUUCA